AUAAUAUACUCCUUACACAGGUAGCCCGGUCUUAACACAGGUAGCCCGGACACUACACGAUCUAUCAUCACUUUUAUUAAAGAAUAGAUAGAAAUUACAAAAACAAUAUAUCUUGUUUACGCUUAUAUUAAAAAGAACUUUAAAGUUCUUAAAAGAUUUUUACUUUUAAGUCUCGUACCUUUUAAUUUUGGCGGGCCUCCUGUGGUGAAAAUUUGUAGUGCAGCUGUGCUGCGGUCACGAUAUGCAAAUCUUCAGUCGUCAGGUGACAUCUCGUCCCAUCCAAGAUGCUCGUUUAGAAAACCAUUUCCUUGUUUCCUUCGACGUGUUUAUUCCUCCGUAGACCUGAGCAGCAUGUCUCGCCUUACGCCUAAUGGUCUGCCCAGUAUUCGCGAGUCCAACUCUUUGCUUAUUUCUGGUGGCAGUCUCGCCAUUCACCGGUUUUCUCCCUCGAGACGGAUGUUCUGCCUCCUUACUGCGUUUGAUUUCUUGUUCACUCUAGUAGCGUGGGUGAUUUACAGCCAUGCUUUAAAAGAGGGUCUCUGGCUCUCGUUUGACACGGAAGUUGCACAUUAUAAAUUUAAGUCGUCCUUGUUUGACCUUUUGUUGUUGUCACUUUGGAGAAUGGUUGUGCUUUUACUGGCUUAUGCUUUAUUUGUGAGCCGUAAAUGGUAUACUAUUGCUGUUGUGACAACAGUGAGCACAGCUUUUGUUGUGGUUAAGGUGUUUUUUUACAAUUUUGAUGAUUCCAAAGGGCAUCCCAUGGAUUUUGUACUCGUGACAAUGUCACUCGUGUUGUGUUGGAUUGAGACUUGGGUAUUAGACUUCAAGGUUAUUCCGUCAGAGAAUGAAGUUGAGCAGAGAAGUAAUGCUGGAAGUUUAGAAACUACAGCUGGAGAAAGAAGACCCCUGCUUGGUGAAAACUAUACUGGGAUAUACAAUACUCGCACAUGGCUGUCUGAACAUGCCUCAUUUUACACUCCACAUGGAUCAAGGCCAGGUACACCAUACGAGAGUGAUGAUGACGGGAGUGAUUUUCCAACUUCAAUUCAGGAUAAGGAGUUUCAGAGGAAAGCAAAGGACACAUUUGACACGGCAUUACAACUUCUUACAAUGGAAGAUAAUACAUGGAAUCUAGAAAAGGCUCAAGAUGGUAUUACUAUAUCUAGCCAUUUGUCAAAAGAAACUGGCAAGCUCUUUAAAGCACAGUGCAUAGUCGAUGCCAGACCAAAAGAUGUCUUUACUCGAAUUGUAUUACAAGUUGAAGAUGGGCCUAAGUGGAAUGACUCCAUAGCAGAAUGCAGGAUACUGCACAAGAUAGACCAGUGCACAGAUCUUUGCUACAGUGUGACGACAGACCAAGCGGGAGGCAUGGUCUCCAGCAGAGAUUUUGUUAAUCUUCGUCACUGGCAGAAAAGAGGAAAUGCAUAUGUCUCAUGUAAUGUCAGUGUUGAGUUUGACAAGAUGCCGCCAGUGAAGCCACAUAUCAGAGGCACUAAUCAUCCAGGAGGGUGGUGCUUCGCUGAGAAAGAUGGUUGCCGAAACAAGACAGAUUUUAUGAUGGUUGUCAACACUGACUUGAAGGGAUGGUUACCCCAAUAUCUAAUCGACCAGGCCAUGACGGGCGUGCUAUUCGGAACGGCCCAAUCACUUCGAAGAUAUGUCCACCAGAGCUUGAUCUUAUCGACAGAUUCCAAUUUGCAAGAGGAGAAAUCUCUUGCAGUCAGUUAGCACUUAUUGAUUAUAUAGUGAACGUGUGAGGUUAUGGGUCAUAGAUGGUGGACAACGCGGAACUAGGGGAGAGCCCCCCCCUUCGUCCUGCAAAACAAACAUUCCAACAUCGCCCUCUAAUGCUGUUACUUUCCAAGUGCACAUUCCUUCGUUUUAAUUCUGCUAAUGUAUACCUGCAUUCUUUGUAAGAGGAUAAUUGAGAAAGAUUACGAACGGUAUCUCAUGGAUAGCAAGCGCUCCUCGACUUUCAGCGUUUGAUGUGAACUUGAGCGUUUAGAUUUCUGUGUACACAACACAAGCGCAUACAUAUUCAGGAUUGCCGUGAUCUGCAGCUUAAAA